AUGCACAACAUUUGGUGGUGCAUUUUCAUAUUUUUUGUGCCUGCCUGCGGAUCAGAGUGCGUGUCAAUGGUGCAGCGGCAGGCACUACCUGUGAUUCCAGCGGGUAGGCGAAAGCCAAGACCUUGGGAAGUGAACAACUACAUUGUUGCUAACUAUCACAAAGCAGGGGUAUUCCUGUCAGACAGCUUGACAAGGACCAUUUUCCAGAUCCUGGAAGCUCCAGAUGCAGUUGUUGGUCAUGUUGAAUACCCUUGCGACAGCAAUAAUCCUUAUACCUGCUGGAAUAUGGAGGCAUUCAAUUCCUCAGUGAAAUCUGCGGAGCGGUUGAAAUCUGGAAGGAAGAAGCUGUUGGUGGCUGGUUUCGUGAGAGAUCCCCUGGAAAUGGUGGCAUCGGCCUACUGCUACCACCACGAUGGUCAAGAGAUGAGCAACCAACUCUUUCCCGUGAAAGAAAUCAUGCAGAUGGGACUAGAGAAAGGGACGGAGUUGACAGCGGAAACUCUUUUGCCUUUGGCGGAAUGGAUGGCCAGCGUGUUUGAACACCCAGAUGAGGACACACUCCGGUUGGAGUUGGACGACCUCACCAAGUCUUCUGCUGGAUUUGAUUCUGGAGUUCAGCGUUUGCUGGAUCAUUUCUUUGGUACCGGGACUGAUCUUAUCUCCAAGAACGACCGUUUCCUCAUUACCGAAACUGCCAAACUGGCGGAUGAAAAUCGCAAUCCACAGGCUACGCAGGCGUUCAAUGGGAGUACUUCCCAAAUAGUCGAGCACGGCAGCGACCCUGUCUGCAAGGAAGUCGCACAUUCGAUUUUGCAUAAGUCUUUGAAUCCUGCACUUCUCGCACGUUACAAGGAUCUACAGCGGCGGCUGGGCUACCCAGUCCACGCGAUAUAA